ACCUCCCUCCCUUCAAUCAUUCAUCAACGCUCAGUCCCGUCCACACCCACCACCCUCGCAGCCCACAACAGACGGAGUGUGUGUUGCGUUUUCUCCGCUAACCCCUCCCAACAAAACCCUCUCCUCCGCCUUCGCAAGCAAGCCACCUCCGCCGAAUUCCUCUCGCCGUCGCUAUUCUUCCUCCGCUCCCCUCGCCUCAGCGGGCCGGCGACGACGGCGCGGACCAGCAUUGAUUUGUUUCGGGGUUAAGCAAUGGCAUUGUUGGACUGGAUUGAGUUGUCUGAUGACGAGGAGGUGACAGUCAAAGAAAGACUUCCUCCAGAAAAAGUCAAAGAAGAAUUUCCUUCAACAGAAGUCAAAGAAGAAUUUCCUCCCACAAUAGUGAAAGAAGAACUGGAUACUCAUGUACAUGGGACAGCUCAGUUGGAAGUAGAAAUUGUUGAUUUAACCACAGAAGAAGCUGACGUUGAAGAGGAUAGGAAUGCUCACGGGAAAGGGGAUGCUGCUCAGGGGGCAACGACAUCACAUAGACAACAGUUUGUUGCACCUCAUGGACAAGGCGGGGCACCUCAGACAGUGGUACCAAGACAAGAGUUUCUUGCUGCUGCUAAUGGUGUGGAAGAGUUUCUUGUAAUAGGUGAUGUUGCACAAGAGGCUAUGCAGUCUGGAAAUCAGGAUUUUGCUGCAGCAGUUGAUUGCGCAGAAGAGGCCACACAUUCUGAAAAUGCAGAUGAAGCUGGCCCAUCAUUGUUUACAGAACAAGGUGCCGCGGCAGGUGAUUGCGGUGAAGAGGCUAUGCAGCCUGGAAAUCAGGAUUUUGCUGCAGCAGUUGAUUGUGCAGAAGAGGCCAUGCAGUCUGAAAAUGCAGCUGAAGCUGGCCCAUCGUCGUUUACAGAGCAAGGUGUUGCAGCAGGCGAUUGCAGUGAAGAAGCUUUGCAGCCUGGAAAUCAGGAUUUUUCUGCAGCAGUUGAUUACGCAGUAGAGGCCAUGAAGUCUGAAAAUGCAGCUGAAGCUGGCCCAUCAUCGUUAACAGAACAAGGUGUUGUGGCAGGUUAUUGCAGUGAAGAAGCUAUGCAGUGUGGAAAUCAGGAUUUUGUUGCAGCAGUUGAUUACGCAGAAGAGGCCAUGCAGUUCGAGAAUGCAGCUGAAGCUGGCCCAUUAUCGUCUACUGGACAAGGUGUCGUAGCAGGCGAUUGCAGUGAAGAGGCUAUGCAGUCUGGAAAGCAGGAUUUUGUCACAGCAGUUGAUUGCGUAGAAGAGGCUAAGCAGUCUGGAAAUGCAGUCGAAGGUGCCCCAUCAUCGUUUACAGAAGGUGUAGCAGCAGGUGAUUUUGCUGAAGAGGCUAUGCAGUAUAACCAUGAAGACAAAGCUGCUGAAUGCUCGUCAAUGACACGACAAGCUGCUUCAUCAUCCUUGUCAAUGACAGAACAAGGUGCUACUACAUCCUCACUAAGGACAGCGCAACAGAGUCACAAGAGAGAUGCAUUGAUAGAUUCCCCUCCCAUCGCAACUGUGGCGCCUUUUCCCCGGCAAUUCUGGAAGGCUGGGGGGUACAAGGUUGCUUCCCGAGCUUCCAUCAACAAUGGCCAGAACUGCUUAAGGAUUAAUCCCAAGUUUCUUCACUCGAAUGCUACGUCACACAAGUGGGUAUUUGGUGCUAUUGCAGAACUGCUCGACAACGCUGUUGAUGAGGUGCAGAACGGGGCAACCUAUGUGAAAAUAGAUAAAAUGAAAUAUUCUCCUGUUGGAGAGUAUUCGUUAAUGAUACAAGAUGAUGGAGGCGGUAUGAGUCCUGAGUAUCUUCGACAUUGUUUGAGCUUUGGAUUCUCCAAUAAAUGCACGAAUUCAUCAAUUGGACAAUAUGGAAAUGGCUUCAAAACCAGCACAAUGAGGCUUGGGGCAGAUGCUAUCAUAUUCAGCUGCAGAAAAGCUAAUAGCAGAUUGACACGAAGUGUUGGGCUGCUCUCUUACACAUUCCUCAAAGGAACCGGCUGCGAUGACAUAUUAGUGCCAGUGGUUGACUAUGAAUUUGAUCCUUCAUCCCGCAAUUUCAAGAGGAUAAUGGACCGUGGUGAAAAACAUUUUUCUUCCAAUUUGUCCACUCUUCUGAGGUGGUCUCAAUUUUCUACAGAAGAUGAUUUAUUGAAUCAAUUUGAGGACAUGGGAUGCCAUGGCACAAAAAUUGUUGUAUUCAACUUGUGGCUCAAUGAUGUGGAUGAAAUGGAGCUUGACUUUACAACUGAUGACGAGGAUAUUAUGAUGUCAGGAGCGCCUAAGAUACCAGAAGAACGCGCGAAAGUGAAAAGGUUGAAUCAUAUGCAUAUUGCAAAUCGCUUUCGAUAUUCACUUCGUGUUUAUGCAUCUAUACUAUACCUUCGUCUACCACAACACUUUAAAGUCAUCUUGUGUGGACGAACUGUUGAACCUCAUCAUAUUAUAAAGGACCUCAUAUACCGUGAAUGUAUCAAAUAUCAACCACAAGUUGGAACAAGCGUACAGGUUGAUGUCAUUACUUCAAUUGGCUUCUUAAAAGGUGCUCCACACCUGGAUAUCUAUGGAUUUAAUGUCUACCAUAGGAACCGUCUUAUUCUGCCAUUUUGGGCUGCAGGCUCUGAGAGAGGUCGAGGCAGAGGCAUUGCUGGGGUUUUGGAGGCGAACUUUAUACGACCUACACAUGAUAAGCAAGAUUUUGAGAAGACGGAACUUUUUCAGAGACUUGAGACGAGAUUAAAAGACAUGACAAUGGAGUAUUGGAGGCACCAUGCACAUUUGAUUGGCUACCAGCCAGUCACAAAAUCUCUUCCUCCAGCAUAUUAUACAUCUAUUGCUGCUACCAAUGACAGCUCAGUAGCCCAAGCUACAGCAACAACUUAUGCCAGGAACUCAAGAGCCAAGGCAUCUGGAGUGUUGAACUCCUGUUUCAAUGGAGGUAACUCAUUAAAUCCUUUGCAUGUUGGUGCCUUGAGGGAUCAAAUGGACUAUGGUGCAUGUUCUUUAGCAAGGAGAAAUAUGAGGACUUCAUUAUAUAUGCCAAGCACACCCCAGCAAACUGAACCGUGCAAAAGAAGAAACUCUGGCUCGAUGAUUGAAAUGAGGGCCCAAAAAAGGCACAACACAAAUGGCGUCAAUGUUGUUGAGAUAGGAGAGGAAAGGAGCAGUCUCUUACUUUGUCAGAACAUGAUGCUAAAGGCCGAGUGUUCCGAGCUCGAGGCGGCCGGGCAGACUCUCCGAAGCAAGAUUAUUAUACGCCUUGUUGCACAAGAUUCUGGCCCUUUGUUUCUUCAGACGGAUAAGUUCAGGGUCUGCUCCGCAAAUUCUAUCUACUACUAUAUCUCAACACACAUGGUAGAUGUGUAUUCAGAUCUCCUUGAGUUGUAUGAAGAGCACCUACAUGUUUCUUUCGACGCAUAACAGUUUAACGCCAAGAUAGCAGAGGGAUGAUAAUGAACACAGGCCCCAGCCUCUGCAGAAAAGAGUAAGAGAAGUCGCACGUGAUCCUGCCUGCGAGCUCACUGCAUAUCUUCUUCGCCAGAGAUUUUUUUUCUACUCGCAGCCCGCACCGAGAAGCCUGCACGCGUCCCCCAUGCAUGCCAAGCGGGCAAACCAUACGCCCGGUCCACAUGUCAGGCACUUGGUGGCGCCGCCACACGUGGUGGUCUCGCGUUGGCGCUCGAGAUCCCAGCUGCUCCGGCUCUGCCGGCGGUUGGAUCUCGUGACGCUUUUGCUUUGCCUCUCCGAUGCGGAGCUUGUACUAGUACGAAGAGAAAAGGCGGAGUACUCCCCAGUCCCCAGACAACCUGCAAUUUGGGAUGGUUUUCGCAGUCUAUCACCUCUCGGUCCCGGAAAUUUAUUUAUUCCCAACCACAACCCCCCGCCGUUUAUGUCUAGUGACUGCGCCACCGGCGCAUACGUGGGAUGAUACAAUCAAAUAAGAGCAUCUAACUACCGGACGUCUCGUACGUCCGGACGGGCCGCUGGAUCACUGUCCGGUUGUAAA